CACAACCUUUCUGAGUCUGACUAGAUCUCAACAAAUACCUGUAUCUAAUGAGAGAGUGAACUAAUGGUGUUGCUAUGCUGAUGUCAGUCAGAAUGGCUCCUCCUCUUCCUCUGAUCUUCCUGCUCUUGAUUCACAGGGUUUCUAGUGCUGAUUGGGGUGUGAGUUACAGUCAUUCACACAUCUGUGCACUAAAGAACUCAUCAGUGAUAAUGAGGUGCAGUUAUACAUACCCUACUGGAUAUCAGAUCAUGAACGUGUUCUGGACCAAAACACACGAUAAAAAAGCAUCUGAAGAGUAUCCAGAUCUGUCUGAGGAUCCUGAAUACAGUCAGAGGCUUCAGUAUCUGGGAGAUAAACAGCAGAACUGCACCAUCAGACUGAAUCAUGUGACACAGAAAGAUUCACACAUGUACUAUUUCAGAUUCACUACUAAAAAACGUGGCAAGAAACAGAAUGUUACACCAGGAGUGAAUCUUACUGUCACAGAUCUUCAGGUGGAGUCUCCUGAGAGAGUGACAGAAGGAGAUUCAGUCCGUCUGACAUGUAAAAGCAGCUGCACUCUGACUGACAGAGCAACAUUCAUCUGGUACAGAAACUCACAGCCAUUAACUGAGAGAAGAGACAGAAACAAUGAACUCCUGCUGCAGUCAGUCAGAAGAGAGGAUGCAGGCAGAUAUAGCUGUGCUCUACAUGGACACACUUACAUCUCUCCUGCUGUUCAUCUCAAUGUCAUGUAUGCACCAAAACGUGUCUCAGUGUCCAUCAGUCCAUCAGGUGAAAUAGUGGAAGGAGAUUCAGUGAAUCUGAGCUGCAGCAGUGAUUCAAACCCACCUGCAAAACUCGACUGGUUUAAAGGAAAAAUGUUUGUAGCAUCUGGAAGAAUCUACAGCAUCUCAAAGAUCAGCUCUGAUUACAGUGGAGAAUACAAGUGCAAGUCCAUCAAUGAACAUGGAGAGAAAUACUCUUAUGCUGUGACUUUAAACGUCAUGUACCCACCUAGGAAUGUCUCAGUGUCCAUAAAUGGAUCUGCAGAAAUACUGGGAGGGGAUUCAGUGACUCUGAUCUGCAGCAGUGAUUCAAACCCACCUGCUCUGAACUUCAGCUGGUUUAAGGAGGAUGAAUCCUCAUCUGUUGGAUCUGGACAGAGUUUCAGUGCACUACAGAGUGGACGCUUCUACUGUGAGGCUCACAAUCAACAUGGAUCUCAGAGAUCAGAUGCUGUUACUGUCAUAGUCAAAGGACGUCUGGUGAUAUUGUACAUGUCCAUUGGAGUGGCUUGUGGAGCUGCAGUUAUCAUCAUGAUGUUGCUGAUUCGGAGAAGCAAAAUGAAAAAGAGAAAAGACACACUUGAAACUCAGAUGAAUAUUUCCAAACCUGAUCAUGACAGACAUUCAACAUCUGAUGUUGAGUCACAUGAACCUUUGUAUGGGAAUGUACAGAUUAAUCAUUCCAAACCUUGUGACAUUGAGAUGACUGAACCUGUGUAUGAGAAUACAACAGUAAGUGUUUCCACUCAUUGUCCUGAAUAUCAAUUUCACUCUGAAUGUCUAUUGACUAGCGGUGCUGGGUUAGGAACGCGGACUCGAGAGAGAGCAGGCACGUCGUGUCCACCGUACGUCAAAAAGUGCGAGAAGCGGCCAUUUUCUCAGCGUCUGCAGAUGGAAGCGAGUGAAGGACGAUUUUCGGUGUUAAUAGAGGAGCGUUAA